UCGCACUCUGUGAGUUCAUGCAGCCCGUGAGGGCAGUAUUUCCAGUGACCUAACCUUACGGUCUAAUGACAACAACAAUCAACAUCCUGAAAAGUGUGAUUGACGAAAUCAGAUUUUCGAUCCAAGACUUGAAGCCUAGAAGUUUCAGAAAGUAGAAGUACAACGUGUACCAUACAUCAAUCAAGACUUUCAAGACAUAGAGUUGAGCUGACCAUUCAAAAGCAGUAAUUGAAAGUGCCACGAAGAGACACUAACAAAUAAAAAUGUCGGCACAUCCCCGCAAAAUGGAGCAUCGUCUUUCACUUAAAGACAGCGUUCUACAAGGAGACUCUAUGGACUCGGAAUGUGGCACACCUCAAGAUUUCCUCUACGAGACCAAAUUUGUUGUCUUAAACUAUUUGGGACUGGUCCCACCUGAUCUGGACCCUGGCUACUCUGACUAUGACAUGUACUACCAGAGCUCGGCAAGCGCCACGCCCUUCAGUGUGUCGGAUGACGACAGGUCCAGUACAUCAGGCGGAUCUCGCCGCUCCAGUGACUACCUCUCUGUGAACACUAAAGUCAGAGCUCGCUCCUCUCCAAAAGUAAGUCCGAGAUCUGCGACAUCGUCUAGCCAUACUUCCCCGGCGGUCUUCACCUCCUCGGCCAAUGUCUUUUCAAGGGAACUGUCGACGUCCACGUCAACAUCCUUUACGGCAACUAGUCAUCAAACGACUACUUCGACUGCCUCUUUCUCGGCAACUGAGUCGACACAGUCUCGGGCACAUGUGCACAGUCAUGAAGUGAGGAGUACUCUAGAGGUCUCAAGAGACAGCUGGAGGUCAAUCGAUAGUGACCUCUGCGUUGAUUCGGUUAUGGAAGCUGAUGAUGAAUCCAGUAAAAGUCAACCAGGAAGUGAAGAUUCAGAGGAGAUUAGCGAGAAUCCAGAGAUCAGAAUUGAUGAUGACAGUACGGGAGAUUCAUGGGAGCUACGUCGGAGACAAAGGCACGAGCUUGUUGAGCCAUUGAGGGAGGAAGUAAAACAAGCCAUGGAAAAACUUCAUAAAGAGUUAAAAGAAGCCGCUGCAUCCAGUGAUGAAAACACUCCCUUCCGGCCCUCCACACUCUGUCCGUUCUCCCACGAGGCCCUCGUCGCUGAACGCAUCUCGCAGAUCGGUGAUAAGAUCAUGCAACAGCAUGGCGCCGAACUAGAGAGGACAAUGAGGGAGUUCUUUGGGAGCAAAGCAGACAGUAACAUGACCUACGCAAUCUUCAAGUCACUGGUGAAGCAAAUGAUGAAAAGCACCGUCCCUGGCUGGUAUCAUCUUGCGUUGAUGCUCAAGUUUACCCAGCGCAUGGCCCUAGGACUCGUUAACAAGAGUGAACAAGGCUUUACUUCGGUCACUGGUUUCGCUGUUCAGUACAUUGAGGAGAAUCUAGCGCAGACCAUCAUCGACCAAGGAGGAUGGGAUGCUAUGACCAACAUCAACCUGGAUGAUAUCAAUGCUGAAGUCCUAUCCGAGCUCUCCUCCCGCAAUGUGUCCCCAAUGCCUCUCUCUUCCCAAGACAGCCAUGCUUCUCAAUCCAUGGAGCCCAUCUCCCCCGAUGCUGGCACUCCGGUGGACUCUCCAAACUGGAAAACAAACCAGCAGACUGGCUUCCCUGACACCGCAUCAGACGACGGCUUAAACCAACUGUCAAGAUCACCCGGAUCAGCCAUGUUUGGUGAGCCAGGAGAGCUCACACACCGCUCCCGGUCUGAAUCUCGUCCAGAAGACCUUGCCAGUCUCUUCUCUGAUCUACCGCCCGGUGAGACGCCCAUGAGCCAUUCCGUUUCAAGUCCGAGCAAUCUCGGGGGUGCCAUGGCAGCGAGCCAAUCUGGAGGUAUGGAAGUGUCUCACUCUGCACCUGUGUUUAAUGUGCAGCCAGACGAUGACAGCACCGAUUGGGGUCAGGGGUCAACCAUGGAGACUGACAGUCAGUAUCUGAUGAGCUCUGGGGAGGGAAGCACCAUCGUUGGAGAUGACGGAGACUCACGUGGGUUUGAGAGUAGUAGCGAACGGAAUGUUGGUAUAAAGACAGUGGCAGCUGCAGUUGCUGCAGCAACCACAACAGCUGCUGCUGCAGCUGGUGCUAUCUUUGCCAUAUUGAAAAAAUGAUGUUUUGCUGGGGUAGAUAUUGCUAAUCAAGUAAAUAUGAAACAACUGAAAUUACUUGUCCAUUGUAGCAACAAUGGGUAUGUUCAGACAGCGUACUAAGUUAGACCCAAACCGGUAUAACUAUUACUGGCAGCGUGUCCAUUACUUUGGUGUGGAGUAUCGCUUUGUGACACAUGCAUACAAUGUAUUUGGGAAUAUUUAGUA